AUGAAGAGACGUGAGAUUGAGUAUUCUAUCGGGGACUUCAUCUUUCUGAAAGUCUUGUCAUGGAAAAAGGUUCUAAGGUUCGGUCGCAAGGGUAAGUUUAGCCCCAGGUUUAUCGAGUCGUACCAAAUUCUGAAGCAAGUGGGACUAAUUGCUUAUCAGUUGGAGCUACCUUCAGAGUUGGAUCGCAUAUAUGAUGUAUUCCACAUUUCAAUGUUGAGACGCUACCACUCUGAUCCCACACAUAUUGUUCCGGUUGAGGAGAUUGAGGUUAGGCCAGGUUUGACCUUCGAAGAGGAGCCAACUCAGAUUUUGGAUCGCGGCGUUAAGGUCUUGAGAAAGAAAUCUAUCCCCUUAGUGAAAGUGCUAUGGUGGAAUCAGAGCAUUGAAGAGGCCACGUGGGAGCCGGAGAAUUCGAUGCAUCAACAGUAUCCUCAUCUGUUCUGA